AGGAUCGACCGAUCGGUGAUUGAACAGGCGAAGAAAGAAGAUCGAGGAUGCUCCUUUUCCCCUCUAUCGUCCCAUAUAAAAGUCCGAAAGCGUCGAUCCAGCCGACAUAACAGUGAAAGAUCGCCAGUGAAAGACGUUCUCCUUGCGACGUCCACAAUUCGGCUUCGUAACCUUCCAGUAGCCGCGAAAUACAACGAAAGAGCAUGUUGGUCUAUCUGGCCACGCUACUGCUAGUAGCUUCGACAACGGUAUACUCGAAACCAGCUCCGGAACCACCAGUAAAUUCGUACUUCCCCCCAUCGAGUGGUGGUGGUCUUCCAAGUGGAUCCGGAAGUUAUGGGCCACCUUCGGUACCAGACCGCUACGGGCCACCUCAGCAACAACCUGUCGUUCACAAACACGUUUACGUUCACGUACCACCCCCAGAGGCUCCGGAAUACAAACCACCAAAAUACUUGCCACCUGUAGCACCACCCCAGAAACACUACAAAAUCGUGUUUAUAAAGGCGCCAACGCCACCAACGCCGACUGCUCCAGCUUUACCACCGCUGCCGCCUCAGGACGAAGAGAAGACGUUGAUCUACGUGCUGGUGAAGAAACCAGAAGAGGCUCCAGAAGUGGUGCUGCCUACACAAGCGCCAACGCAACCUAGCAAACCAGAAGUAUACUUCAUUAGAUACAAAACUCAGGAGACACUCUUUAACCCCUUAUAGCGCGUAGUUUAUUUUACCUUUUAAAAAGAAGUGAUACAUGAGUACUUU